UGGAGCGCGAACGGGCGCGGGAAGUUGCGGUUGUGCCUGGCUCCUGCGGGGCCGUUGGAGGCUCUCACGGGGCCGGAGAAAGGUUUGUGCUGUUGGAGCUCUGGGCAUGCGCAGAUCGCGGCGGGAGAGACCUUCAUUAACCCCCCCCCUUCCGUGGCCGGGUCCCGCUCCCGCUGCGGAGCUGCAGCCUCCAGGCUGCAGAAUGACGUCCAUGUUUUGCUCCAGCUCAUCUCAUCCUCCCACGAGAGAAGGAAGAGAAAUGGCUGCAGAGGAGCCUGUUCAGUGUUUCCAGUUUCCCAGCCUGAUGUGAUCUCUGAGCUGGAGCAAGGGGAAGAGUCAUUGGUCCCAGACUUCCAGAGUUCGGAGGAAAGAGAGAUCCUGAGAGUUCCCUGCACAGCAGGUGACGCAAUGGUAUGUGAGAAAGAGAAGAAUUUUCAGCAGGAAAAUGUUGAGCGAGUGGAUAAACACACAGCAUUAUUGCAAAGAUCGAAAAGGAAUGUGCCCUGGAGUCAUAAGCAGGAAAAAUCCCAUGACAUUCAGCACAGACCAGAAAGAGAGGAAGGAAAGCAACCAGGGGAGAAAGUGGGUAUAUGUAUUUCCUGUCAGGAAACUCAGAAGGACCUCAAGGAAAUCACAACACAACAGGAAAUCUUCAGCAGAAAGAGAAAAAAUACAUGCAGUGAGUGUGGGAAAAACGUAUGUGAUUACUCCAUCCUUAUAAAGUAUCAGAGAAUCCACACGCGGAAGAGACCCUAUGAAUGCACUUUGCUUUUUCCCCAUCCCUCCAUGAUGACAUGGAGAAAGUUGAAGUGCAGUUCUGUCAACAGAUGAGAACUCUCCAAUUUACUGGACAGGCUAACAAAGAAACAGCAGUGAUUUAAAAUCUCCACUCAGAAAUGAUGAACAACCACAGAACCUCAGCUAACUGAAGGAAGUGCAUAAGAUCAUAGUGUAGUUCAGUUGUUGAAGUCAAUACUGUCCCAGAUGAUCUGGGGAGAGAAUUCCAUGAUAAGUGAUUUUGAACUAGGCAAAGUGCCCAUGUAUUUGGUUCCAAAGCCUUUGUAACCCAGGCCCUACAGAAGAUCUUUCCUAGCUAAUCUUAUGGUAUCGGAGAUGCUGCCCUUCAUGAUGCAGAUGUUGGGGAAAUAGAAGUGGGGUUUUUGUUGAAUUUAUCCUUUGUAGGUGCUAAAAAUGUAUAUUGAAUCAUAUAGCUAUUUUUGAAUAGAAACUCCAGCCCUGGUAACUAAUGAA